UUCCAAUACCCAUAGAAAUGAGAACAUUUAUGAGCCGCACUCGGCUCGAAAACUGCACCCAGUUAGCAUCUAUGUAAAUUCACAAAAUCUAUAAAGUAGGACCCAAUUUGCCACUGCCAUCUGCCCCGACCUUGGUUCUCAGUGGAGGUGCUGCAGCAUGCCUUGCAUAUUUAAUCCCGGCUACAUUGGACCCGAUCCGCCCUGCUGUGACCCGGAUUGCUUGGAGGAGGGCCACUGCACGGUUCCGGAGUGCGGAGUUUGCCCGGAGUCCCAACUACCCCGGUGCAAUCCUGCCCCACAGUCCAACAAGGACACGGCGGGGCAACCACUGGAGCAGAAGGCCCAAAAAAAAGAGAAGACCCAAGGACAGCAAUAGGGGGGCAGAGGCAGAACUGCAAUGAACUUCCAAACUCCAGGGACAUCUCCUUCCUCCGAUUGCGCUCAUUACCUCCUGCAAAAUAAACCGACAUAUAUCUAUCAUUUUGGAAAUUAACAAUGGCCGCCUCAACAUAUCUAAAAUAUCUAUAAAUCUAACUUAAUUCAGCAAAAAUAAAAAAAUAGAACCA